GAGCGUGACGUCAGACUUGUCUCACGGUGUACUAUACCGCUCACGCACGCUGUGAAGUUUUUGUAACCUUUUUUCUUCGGCGCGACGAGCGAAACUGGUAAAUCAUUCGCUCAAUUUUCGUUCAGUGUCAACAAUGGCUUCUAUAACGCCGUAUAAGUUCGAACCGUACUGUACUGAUGAUGAUGGCAGCGGCAAUGAAGAAGAGGCGGGAGGAGAGAACAACAACAAAGAUCAAUCAAGAAGAACUAAUACUGAUUGGUGUUCCUGUGAGAAAUGUAGUGUAAUGCCAACAACUGAGGAGUGUUUAUGCUGUAUGGAAAUUUUGAAAAUUAAAGAUAAAUUCGUUGAAGAUGCCCCAGCUAUUGUUGAUGGAAAUAUGAAAUGCAUUACACAGCAUCCUGGAUUUAGAUCUAUCUGCCUUGACAUAUGGGCAUUACAACUGGCCUAUGACGAAAUUCCAAAGAAAGACAAGAGAGAAGGGACCACACAUGAAAAAUAUCGACAUACAAGUUACAGAAAUUUUGUAAAAUGGAUAUGGGGAUACAGAGGAAAACAUCAGCGUACUGUAAUACCUGCAUGUGCCAUUAUCAAAAUUCGCAGCAAAUUUCAAUCAAAAAAAUAUGUUGGAUUCAAGUAUCCACCGUUAUAAUUUCUGUCACUUCUCUCAUCAAAGCCAGAUUUAAUGCACAUUUGUCCAGGCAAAUAUAUUUACAUCCAGGAUACAUUGUAAUACAUUUUAAAUUUCCAUCAAAG